UAAAAUUGGAGAUGCUCUUACGCCCCUAUGUACCAGUAUCAGCGAAAUGAAGAAGUCGCUCUGGGCGAAACCCAACCAAAUUACAGUAUAACGGUAUAACUACCGGCUGGAUCAUCAAUCAGUAGCAAUGCAACCGGCGGGACACACAGAUUCCAUGCGGUGGUCGUCAACAACAACAACAACCACACUAGACAAACCUCUCCACCAGCUCACUGAACGCGACAUUUCUGAGCUCACUCGCGAAGAUUGCCGCCGUUACCUCAAACAAAAAGGCAUGAGACGACCUUCAUGGAAUAAAUCUCAGGCCAUACAGCAAGUCAUCUCUCUCAAAGCUCUCCUCGAAACGACGUCGGAUUCGGCCCUCAACGCCGUUCGAUAUCGCAUGGAAAAUAACGGUGGCGAUACUCUCAUCUCCCACUCCCAGUCACCUGAUGAAACGGUGCCGUAUUGCCAGCAUGAUCCAUCUAUACAGACUAGAGGUGCAGAAAAUGAUUGCAGAAGCCAGAUGACUAUUUUCUACUCUGGAAAGAUUAAUGUAUUUGAUGAUGUACCAAAUAAGAAGGCAAGAACGAUAAUGCAGCUUGCAGCACACCCACUUUCUACAUCUCUUGAAACUGCAUCCGAUGCAGCUCCAGCAUUAUGGCCACCUCCAUAACAGUUACAAGCUCCAGGGAAAGUGACAGAGAUCUGUCUUCUGCUCAAGGAAGAAAACAACGUAUCUAAUGAAGACAGCCUAGGACCAACAAGUAGAAAAGCAUCAGUACCGAGAUAUCUUGAGAAACAAAACAACAGGCAUCAUAAAUUGUUGAUAUGCUCUCCAUGAAAGAAAACAGAACAAAUCAGUUAGUCGAUUUUGCUCUAUUAAUUUGUCCCUCAUACCCCUGUUAGGUGAAAAUUCAACAAUAAUAAGAGAAAGGUGACAAGGCCUUCAUCUGCCAGCUCUGAGAUUUACUCGAACCAUAGUUUGAUAGAUCAGUUCUCAAAUGAUCAGUUGAACCUAACUGCUAAAUUCUCACCUGCACAGCCACCUAAAAUACCUAAUCAAUGCAGCUUUAUGGAGAAUUCUGCAAUCUGUUUAUCUGCUGAUUUUAACGACAAAGAUUACAAGGGAACAAUGUUAGAUCACAGAAAUACACAUGAGCUCUAAACUCUUGUUCAGGAACAGAUGUUUAAGAAUGUUAAAAAUGGAGAGCAUGAGUCACCAUUUCUUUUCCUGAUAUCAAUGAAGAAGGCAAUAGGGAAUAGAGUACCACCUCGGGAUGAAUUUCUACCAUAAGGGCCAUUUUAGUCAUUUAAUCGAGGCGAAAACAUCGGCAGUAGACGACGGCGUGAUUGGGAAUAUUGUAAUAAUGGUGGAGAGACAUGUGCUGUGCGGUCGAAUUAUUUUUUUCUCAUUUGUAUUGCCCAAAACUUUUCUGUAUCCCACUUAUACGCUUCACCUCCCGCCUUGCACAUUCCUUAUGUUUCAAAUUAAAAAUAAUGUCAUUUUAAUUAAAAAUGUAAAUAGAAUCUACGUAUUUUCUUAGUGAUUUUUUAAAUUUUUUUAGUGUUUCUUUCUUAAAUUAUUUAGUAUUUUAGUCA